AUGCCACAUCAAAGGUGCCAUAAGAGGGGGGAACCCUUUACAUGCUCAUGGUGUGACAAAAGCUUCAGCCGUAGGUCAGUCCUUACCACACAUGAAAGAGUUCACACAGGAGAAAAACCAUAUACGUGUGAAGAAUGUGGAAAGAGCUUUUCUCAGAAGCCAUCCCUUCUUAUGCAUUCAAGAAUCCACACAGGAGAAAAACCCUUUCAAUGCUUGCCUUGUGGACAAUACUUCACUUAUAGCUCAGCACUUUCCAGACAUGAAAGAAUUCACAAAGGGGAGAAACCACAUAAAUGUCAAGAAUGUGGAAAGAGCUUUUCUCAGAAGCCAUCCCUUAUUAGGCAUGAAAGAAUUCACACAGGAGAGAAACCAUAUACAUGUCAAGAAUGUGGAAAUAGCUUUUCUCGGAAGGAAUCCCUUAAUACGCAUGAAAGAAUCCACACAGGAGAGAAACCCUUUCAAUGCUUGACAUGUGGAAAAUGCUUCGCUGACAGAUCAGUACUUUUCAGCCAUAAAAUAAUUCACACAGGAGAAAAACCACAUAAAUGUCACGAAUGUGGAAAGAGCUUUUCUCAGAAGCUAUCCCUUAUUAAGCAUGAAAGAAUUCACACAGGAGAGAAACCAUAUACAUGUCAAGAAUGUGGAAAGAGCUUUUCUCGGAAGGAAUCCCUUACUACACAUGAAAGAAUUCACGCAGGAGAGAAACCCUUUCAAUGCUCAACAUGUGGAAAAUGCUUCAGUGUUAGCUCCGUUCUUACCAGACAUGAAAGAAUUCACACAGGAGAGAAACCCUAUAAGUGUAACGAAUGUGGAAAGCAAUUCAACCAAAGUUCAAACCUCAUCCAACAUCAAAGAAUUCAUACAGGAGAGAAACCCUAUACAUGUCAAGAAUGUGGAAAGAGCUUUUCUCAGAAGCCAUCCCUUAUUAAGCAUGAAAGAAUUCACACAGGAGAGAAACCAUAUACAUGUCAAGAAUGUGGAAAGAGCUUUUCUCGGAAGCCAUCCCUUAUUAAGCAUGAAAGAAUUCACACAGGAGAGAAACCAUAUACAUGUCAAGAAUGUGGAAAGAGCUUUUCUCAGAAGCCAUCCCUUAUUAAGCAUGAAAGAAUUCACACAGGAGAGAAACCAUAUACAUGUCAAGAAUGUGGAAAGAGCUUUUCUCGGAAGGAAUCCCUUACUACACAUGGAAGAAUUCACACAGGAGAGAAACCUUAUCAAUGUUCUGUGUGCAGUGAAACAUUCCGUUGCAAAAAACAGCUUGUGAGACAUCAAAGAACUCAUACGCGGGAGACUCCCUAG